CCAUACUCCCACCACUGAAAUUAGAGGUAGUUUCCAGACCUGUAUGUAAGACCGUGCUUUUAACGAUUAUUUAACCUAUUAAUUUUUCCCGAGCCACAUUUGUAAAUUUUACUACCUUGUUUUACGCACAAAAAGCUAUUGAAUGAAUAUGAGUGCACGAUUACACUUCAAUGCAAGUUCAUUAAAAGAGUAGUGUUGUCAUGGUUACCAUUCGCAAACAUAACCAAUAAAUUGUCAUUUACUGAUCAAAUGUAUUAUACUGUUAUACAGUGUAUUUUGAAGUUGCCUUCAAUAUAGCUCUUUCCAUUUUUGAUGCUUGUUUUUCGAAAGUGCGUUAAAAAGUUACGUUGCAAACAAAAUGGACUGGGCUAACGAUCUUGAAGUCACUUCUAAGAAGUUGAUACCCCGCCUAGGGAGACGUGCUGGUCAAAACUUGCAGGAAGAUAAUAAAUCCGACGAUGAUCCACUAGAAAGUCCUAUUUCUCUGUCAUCUGGAAAGUCUAUACCUGCACAGAGGCCAGUAGUACCGCCGCGUUCCAGGAAAACUGGCUGGGGUGAUGAAUUAAAAAGUGGCAAGCCAAGAAUGGCACCAAAUGUCAUUGAACAACUGCUCUCUAGGGAACGUUUCCGAGCAAUCGAGAAAGAGGGGCAAGAAGACGAUAUUCCUGUCAUACCAGAUUUGGAUGAAAUUCAGGAGGAUAAUGUCUCAUCUGAGAUUGCAAGUGUCCCUGCGAUUAAUGCCAACAGAGUGACUGCAUACGAGGAACUGGAUACUGAUUUGGUGAAGAACGCAGCAUUUACAUCGUUAGAUGGUGUUAGCCUUUCUGUUCUCGCUGAUAAAUUGUACAAUGAAAAUUUAGUGAAGGAACCCGACGAAGUUUGGAAUUGGAAUCUUCUAUUUACGCAAAUUUCUUCUGAAAUUAAUAGUGAAACGCAAAAGAAAAUAGAAGCUUAAAAAAUAUCCGCACACUCUCUGCUUUUUGUUUCUAUCGCAGUCUCAUUACUCUGCCAGAGGCAUUUUAGUGGCAUGCAUCGUUUAUUAAAUUUAUUAAAUAUUUAUUUAAUUGUAUUAAAUAUUAUAAAUGUUUAUGGGUGCAAAGGUUUUCUCCGCUCACUUCACACAUUUAUUGUCUUAUUCAAAAAUAAAAAGUAAAGAAUAA